AUGUCGAGUCAACCACUCCUCCAAACCUCCAAUGGCAAACGAAUAGCCCUCCCCACCCGCGUUGAGCCCAAAGUCUUCUUCGCCAACGAGCGAACAUUCCUCUCAUGGCUCAACUUCACAGUCAUCCUCGGCGGUCUAGCAGUCGGACUUCUCAAUUUCGGCGACUCCGUCGGCCGUAUCUCAGCUGGGCUGUUUACGUUGGUAGCAUGGCAGCUAUGA